AUGGAAAAACACGAAGAGAAUAUCUAUGAGACAGUCGAUGACCAACGUUAUUCUGAAAUAGUAAGAGAAAGAAUUGAAGAUGACUGGAUAGUUGACGAUGAGGGCUUCGGAUACGCGGAGGAUGGCCGCGAAAUCUUUGAUGAUUUUGAUGAUAAUGCGGAUCCUCAGCUUAUGCGAAAGCAUAAAGCCAAGAAGAAACGUUUGAAUCCUGAUAUCCGUCCAGAUAGUAGCGAGAAUUUUUCUAAGCCUAAGGAUAUUCGUGACAUGUUUUCUGCCCAUUCUUCUGCACUUAAAAGCAAGCCAAAAUCUGUGACAUCUCAAAAGAAUACCCAUUCUGCGCCAGAUCCAAAUAUAGACGAUUUGAUUGCUGAAUUAGAGCAUGAAAUUCCUUCUGAUUCUUUACAGUAUGUAGCACCUCAUUGUAAUAAGAAAUACAAACAUCGCAAUGAACCAAAUUAUGUUCCGCAUCAUCAUAGCCCUUUAAAUAUAGACUCUCCCCAUUCUUCAAAAGAUCCAGAAAAACUUUCAAAGUGCAACUCUUCGCGUAAUCCGUUUAAGCUCAAUAGUUCACUGGAGCCAAAAAAAGUCAAAGCAAAAUCAGAUCGUGCCUCAUUUUCUGACGUAGCUCUCGAGGAACCAAGAGAAAUAGCCGUUUGUUAA